UGUUGCUGUUUACGUAGAAGCUGUAAUUGCUAUGGCUCUCAGUAUUCAUGUCAAUGCAUGAAGGAAAAGGCAAGGGAAAAUCAUAAGUUUUACAGCUUAGUGGAUGGAGAAAGCCUAAAAAUGCUGGAAGGUAUAUCUGCAUCGACUCAAAAUUUGGAGUACAUAAAAACGGAUGACUCUGUGUUGUUGAAGUCACAUCGGGUGGGACGUCAGGAUAGUGAUUUGCAAAGCUCAGGGCAUACAAAUUCAACCAGGGAUAAACUAUAUAAGCAGAUGAACGAUCGAAGCGAUAGCAACAAUAAGCUGAUAGGAUCAACAGAGCAAUCGUUAAAAAAUGAGAUAUUAGAAACAUCCACAAAAGCAUCAGUGAUUCAAGACAUAUUUAAUCGAAAAGACUUCAAGACUUUAGCACAGAUUAGAUUAAAGGCAGGAUUAGAAAAAAAUAAGAAUCAUCCAAUUAGAUCAGAUAAUUUAGUACCAUUAAAGUUAACGUCAAAGAAAGAACCAAUUCAAAGGAAUUCAAUUUCCGAAGUAUGGAAUACAGAUAAAAAGGACUUUUUAAGUAAAAUUACGUCAUGCUCUUGCAGCCACAUUUUCCGAUCCAGUGUGAAUGGAAAAAAGGUUCUGCCAAAGAAAAUCCAAACUGAUAUGAAGACACAAUGUUCAAGGACAGAAAAGCCGGUGCGAAAGAUUAGACGGAAGCGCAACGUGAAAAAUCCAUACCCAAUGAGAGUUGCUGUGCCUGAGUGCAAACAAAACAAUGAUAUUUGGUUUGAGUGUAAUUUUCCCAUAAGAGUUAGCAUACCCCCCUCAAUAUGUGUGCGUAAUCCUUGGGGUAUCGUGCACAUGAAUAUGCAACGAGACGCACUCAAAUUAAAGACCUUGUUACCUCCCACCAGCAACAAUGCCGUGGUUCAGACAGGUUUUCCCCCAAUUCCAGUAAAGAUAAGAGCUGCAUUACCAUCUGCAUCCGCAAGAAAAUGGGGCAUCACUGUGCGACCCUUGGGCUACGGACCCCGGACGAAGGUAGUUCAUAAGUCAAAGUCUAAAACUAAAUCAAACACUCGCUCUGAACUAAUCGGGAUACCAAGGCAAAGCAUUUCACAUAGGAACGAGGAGUGCCAGAGAGGUGAGCUGCAGAGUUCAAAAGGUGGUAAUGCAGUUGAUGGAGGAGCACAAAUAAAAUUAGGGUCUGAUUAUUGUAAAAGUUACCCAUAUGAGCCAAAAGAUAGGUCCACCAAUAUUAAAUCAAAGCGAGAGUACGAAACGCCAAAUGCUAACUCAGAAUUUAUACCUAGAGAGCCCAGGCAGGCCAAAAUUGCCGCGGAAGCCAAAAAAUCGCAUGGUUUUAAUGAUCUGUUAGAUUACAUUCGAUUACCAGUAAAUGUUAAAAAUGGGCACCAAAUCUCUCGGCCACUUCGGAAACCACUUCAAUCUAAAGACCAAGAAUCUGUAGAUAUGGCUCAAAAGCAUAAAAUAAUUAAUAUUGUUAAUGGUUUGCAACUCAACCCAAAUUCAAAUAUGAAGAACUUUUGUCUCAAGAAGCCGAUAGGUGAGUCCCAAAAUCCAGAAUUACCCGUACCACAUCAAAAGAACAGCCACCACAGUGGAAGAAUGGACACCAUAUGUCAACCAGAGAGUAAUCGAUGGUUCAAGAAGCAAGUAUUACCAAAAGACAGAGCAGAGCUCGGUUCGGUACCUACUAGUAAAACAAUAGACGUAGAUAAUUCUCCUAUUAGCUUCAAUGACCGACAUAAAGUGAAAUCAAGUCAAUCGAAAUUGCCGCAAAUGAAAAACGUUAACUCAAAACGCUCGGAAUUCCAGAAAACCUACAACGCCCAAUCCAAAAGACCGUUAAUGACUGAACCUGAAUCUUCCCUAAAGGCCAGUGCCUAUCCGAAUCCUUGGGCGUCCUCUCGAUCUAACUCGCAAAGAGAAAAAAAAGAGAAAACUGUUUUGAAGUUGCGAAAACCCACUGCGAGUUCAAAUCCUAAAUCUGGCUAUUCUCACAAUAAUGAGACGCCAAGGAUUAUAUUACAUCAAAAUCGUACUAAUAUUCAUUCUUGCAUUCAUCCAAAUCAAUCUGAUAAUCCUUAUAAUAAUCGUGAUAUAGUUGAACCGAACUCCAAAUUUGAAUUCCAUAAAUUACAUGAGUGCAAUACUAGCCCAAGUAUUUCGUUUUCGCAGCAAGUGAAAGUGCUACAAGAGCAAAAGCAAAAGUAUCUGCAAAAACUCCGAGAGUUACCACAGUCAGAGUUGAAACCACAGCUAUAUGCACAGAGCGAAAAAAAUGAAAAAUAUGCAAAAUUGCUUAAGAGUUUACAACAAGAUCAACAACAGCAACGAGUACAAAAGGUUUUGAAACAGCAAAAACAAUCAUUUGAUUAUCCAAAUGAACAGAAAGAGCAAUCACUGAGGCAGCACCAAGAACUCAAUGAAGAGAAUACAAAGCCUAGAAAAAUUACAAGAGAUUUCUAUAUGAAAACCUUAGACAAGUAUAGCAUACAAUAUAUGCCUAUCGGUUGGCUGAAUUUUGGGCCAAGCAAGAUUCCAAAUUACAAUAAAAGGAACCAACAAAAGUAGCAUUCUUAUUAAAUAAUUAAAGCAAUUCAAUUUUCGGAUCUGCUUGUGGUUUUAUUGUGGCAAGUUAUUUGGAUAUUCUGGCUGCUUGUGCUUGGUCAGAAAUG